AUGGAGUCGAUGCAGGUAGAACAGCACGAGGAGCCCGCACCGCCACGUCUUCUCCUGAAACUGGUCAGCGCGGGCUUCGCGUUCUUCGUUGCAGGCCUCAACGAUGGCAGUCUAGGGGCUCUCAUUCCAUACAUUCGCGAGUCCUACCAUAUCGAUACAAACCUGGUGUCCGUCGUGUAG